AUGUCUUCCUCUUCUAACGUCUCACAGCUGAUGCUUUUGCUUUCUGUAUUCAUCAGUGUUCUAAUCCCCAACGCCUUGGCCGGCAAUUUCUACCGCGACUUCGAUGUUACGUGGGGUGAUCGCCGCGCCAGGAUACGCAACGGCGGCCAAAUUCUCACGCUUUCGCUUGACAAGGCUUCUGGGUCUGGUAUCCGCUCCAAAAAUGAAUACCUUUUUGGAAGAAUCGACAUGCAAAUCAAGCUUGUGCCUGGAAACUCAGCUGGCACUGUCACAUCGUAUUAUUUUUCUUCUGAAGGAGCAACCCAUGAUGAGAUUGACUUCGAGUUCUUGGGGAACUUGUCAGGACAACCAUACACACUCCAUACAAAUGUAUAUUCUCAAGGAAAAGGGAGUAGGGAACAACAAUUCCAUCUAUGGUUUGAUCCCACGAGGAACUUCCACACCUACUCAAUCAUAUGGAACUUUCGAAAGAUAAUAUUCUUGGUGGAUAACAAUGCUAUCAGAGUGUUCAACAACUUGGAAUCCAUUGGUGUUCCGUUUCCCAAAAGCCAACCCAUGAGGAUUUACUCGAGUAUCUGGAAUGCUGAUGACUGGGCUACAAGAGGAGGUCUUAUUAAGACUGACUGGACAAAAGCUCCUUUCACUGCACUUUAUAGAAACUUCAUUGCCAAUGCCUGUGUUCGCUCAUCUAGGUUUUGUCGCUACAAGUUCGCCAAUUAUUCCUUGGACGCCAAGGCAAGGAACAAACUUCGAUGGGUGCAAAAGAAGUUCAUGAUUUACAAUUAUUGCACAGAUUUCAAGCGCUUCCCUCAAGGUCUGCCACCUGAAUGCAAGCGAUCAAGGUUCCUAUAG